CUCUCGCGGCUUCACAGGCCUUUUCCCGUAAUGCUCCGCGCCUGGUCCCCGCGGUUGCCAGGCAACGCGCGGUCCACGGCCCUCGCUGCUUGGGGGUUCGCUGGGUGAUGGGGCCGCGAGGGCUCCCGCCGCUCUUUCUCGUGCUCUUGGGCUGCUCCUCCCCCGUGAGUGCCCAGGCCGGGGCUACCCCGGCGGUGACGACGGAGGUCCUCAGCUCCACCGGGACAGCCCCGGCGACUCUCGAAGCCUCCCGGUCUCUUGAGCCCCUCGGCACUCCCAGUACUCCGGAUACCUCCUCCCGCCCCAGGCCCACACCAGUCACGGACGUCGCUGUUCUGUGUGUCUGUGACCUGUCCCCGGCACAGUGUGACGUCAACUGCUGCUGUGAUCCCGAUUGCGGCUCCAUGGAUUUCAGUGUUUUCUCUGCCUGCUCAGUUCCGGUUGUCACGGAUGAUAGCCAGUUUUGCAGUCAAAAAGCAGCUGUCUAUUCUUUGAAUUUUACAGCAAAUCCACCUCAAAGGGUAUUUAAACUCAUAGAUCAGAUCAAUCCAUCUAUUUUCUGCAUUCAUGUUACAAACUAUAAACCUGCAUUAUCCUUUCUUAAUCCUGAAGUGCCUGAUGAAAACAAUUUUGAUAAAUUGAUGAAAAUAUCUGAUGGUUUUGCAUUGAAUGCAGAAUCAGACAUUUUUUCCACAAUCAAGUUGGAUGCUCCAAAUACUUCUGCUAAAUAUGAGUAUGGGGUUCAUCUGCAGACUUCAGAUUCAUUUCUGAGACUACCUUCUCCCCUGGUGUCAUCUCUAUGCACUGACAACAACCCUGCAGCGUUUCUGGUGAACCAAGCUGUUACGUGUACCAGAAGGAUAAAUUUGGAACAGUGUGAAGAAAUCGAAGCCCUUAGCAUGGCUUAUUACAGCAGCCCGAAAAUUUUGAGGGUGCCUCAUUCAAAAACAAAGGUUCCUAUCACUGUUCAGUCCAUCGUCAUUCAGUCUCUAAAUAAAACACUAACCCAACUGGAAGACACUGAUGUUCGUUUGCCGCGUGUUCUUGCUGAUUCUGGGAAUUCUAAAGUCUGCACUAAUGUCGUUCUAGAGGUCAAGUACAGCCUCACACAUACAGAUGGAGGUGAAGUAACAGAAGUGGGGCUCGCUCUCCUCCUGGGGACAGUUAGCAGUGCAGUGGUUCCAAUCCAGCAAAAGUUUGAAAUUCAUUUUAUUCAGCAAAACUCAAAGCCGGUUCCUCUCAGUGGAAACCCUGGUUAUGUUGUGGGGCUCCCGUUAGCUGCUGGCUUUCGGCCUCAGAAGGGGUCUGCAAUCAUUCAGACUAGAAAUAGAUACGGACAGCUUACGAUUCUUCGUAGCACAACUGAACAAGACUGCUUAGCAAUAGAGGGGAUCCGGACCCCGGUAUUAUUUGGGCACAAUAUGCAGUCAGGCUGUAAACUAAGCCUGCCCGCGGCUCUCCCGUGUCAGCUGGUGGCGCAGAGGGUGCAGAGCCUGCUGAGGGGCCAGGGCUUCCCAGACUACGUGGCCCCUUUUGGAAAUUCCCUGUCCCAGGAUGUGGUGGACUGGGUGCCUGUCCACCUCCUCACCCAGUCAUCCAGCCUGAAGGAUUCAUGCCAGGUCCCUGUGGCUUUGGUUAUAGAAGUGAAGUGGACUAAAUAUGGAUCUUUUGUGAACCCACAGGCUAAAAUAGUAAAUGUAACUGCAAAUCUCAUUUCAUCCUCAUUUCCUGAGAUCAACACGGUUAACCAAAGGACGAUUCUUAUUUCCACUGCGGUCACUUUUGUGGAUGUGUCUGCACCUGCAGAGGCAGGUUUCAGGGCUCAGCCAACCAUCAACGCCAAGCUGCCCUUUAAUUUCUUCUUCCCAUUUGUUUGAGGUGGCAAAGCUCAGUGGAACCACGUGAGCUGUGUGCUGCAGCGGGAUGCAGAGAAGGGCCUCCCGGGGAAGCUGCAGCCAGAGGAGAUGUUCAGAACUCUUGAAAAUAAAAAGGACUUUUCUAGAAUCAGCUGGUGGCUAAGGUAGCUUUUUUUUGUCUCUAGAAUGUUUGGUUUUGGAAAAGAGGCUCUGGUCCCUGAAUAUAUAUGUGAAACUUAAAAACUGUACAUUUGAUGAGAAUAAAUUUUAUAUACAACUA